AUGCCACCAGUAGGAGUAACACCCAAAACCCGAUCAAUGAUGCGUUUUCUCUCCAUCGAUCCAGAAAUAUUUCCAUUAAUGGGUGUUCUGCUAACAAUUUUUACCGGGGUCGGGUACAUGUUGGGAAGGAAAGCGACAAAUGUCAAUUCGGAAGGGGAAGGGGAAACGAGCGAUUUCAAAUAUCGGUUUCAUAAGAAUGCCGAUUUGAAUGAACAGAUUCUCGAGGCUCCUAGCGCUGUUGCUGAACAUAAAAUUAGGGUUAACUUGCCGAAAGAGACUAAAGAACGCCUUCCGAAAGGAAUGACUGUUGAGUAA